AUGCAAAUGGAAGCUGCGGAGGCCGCGCGGCCCUAUGCGGAACGCAUGGGCGCGGUGCUGACCAACCUCGCGGAAGCAUUCGAGGGUCGCGAUGACGCUCCGAAGCUGAUGUCCGGCACGGGCAGCGACCAGGUUCAUCUCCUGGUUGUCGCUACCGCAGAACGCGGGCUUUGCGGGGGAUUCAACACGAACAUUGCCAAGCUGGCUCGUGAAAAGGCGCGCAGCCUGAUCGCGGACGGCAAGACGGUCAAGAUCAUCUGUGUCGGCAAGAAGGGUUUUGAUGCCCUCAAGCGCGAACUCGGCCAGCAUGUGAUCAAGACGAUCGAUCUGCGCAGCGUAAAGAAUGUGGGGUUUGUCAAUGCCGAUGAGAUCGGCAAAGAGGUUCUCUCCAUGUUUGCUGACGGCGAAUUCGACGUCUGCACGUUGUUCUAUUCGACGUUCAGGUCGGUGAUUGCACAAGAGCCGACGGCAAAGCAGUUGAUCCCGGCAAGUUUCGAAAUCGACGAGACUGAGGACCGUAGCGGUGCCCAGCCGGUUUACGAAUAUGAGCCGGAUGAAGCGGAAAUCCUUGAGGAUCUGCUGCCGCGUAACAUUUCCGUCCAGAUUUUCCGGGCUCUUCUGGAAAAUGCUGCUUCCGAACAGGGUGCCCGCAUGUCCGCGAUGGACAAUGCGACCCGCAAUGCCGGUGACAUGAUCGACAAACUGACGAUCAACUACAAUCGCCGGCGUCAGGUCAUCGGCGCCGUUGUCGACGUCAAGUUCGAUGACCACCUGCCGUUGAUCCUGAACGCUCUGGAAGCGGAUAACCAGGGUGUACGCCUGGUUCUUGAGGUGGCACAGCACCUCGGCGAGAACACGGUACGCACCAUCGCAAUGGACUCCACCGAGGGUCUGGUGCGCGGACAGGACGUCGUCGACACCGGCUCACCGAUUGCGGUGCCGGUUGGCGAUGGCACGCUGGGCCGCAUCAUGAACGUUAUCGGCGAGCCGGUUGACGAAGCUGGUGAAAUUCCACACACCGACAAGCGCGGCAUCCACCAGGAAGCGCCAUCGUUCAUCGAACAGUCCACCGAAGCUGAAAUCCUGGUGACGGGCAUCAAGGUCGUCGACCUUCUCGCCCCUUACGCAAAGGGCGGCAAGAUCGGUCUGUUCGGUGGUGCCGGCGUUGGCAAGACCGUUCUGAUCAUGGAAUUGAUCAACAACGUCGCCAAGGCUCACGGCGGUUACUCGGUGUUCGCUGGUGUUGGCGAGCGAACUCGUGAGGGCAAUGACCUUUACUGGGAAAUGAUCGAAUCCGGCGUGAACAAGGAAGGCGGCGGGGAAGGCUCCAAGGCUGCUCUUGUGUAUGGCCAGAUGAACGAGCCUCCCGGAGCGCGUGCGCGUGUUGCGUUGACCGGUCUGACAGUUGCGGAGCACUUCCGUGACGCUGGUCAGGACGUUCUGUUCUUUGUUGACAACAUCUUCCGCUUCACCCAGGCCGGUUCCGAAGUGUCCGCGCUUCUCGGCCGUAUCCCGUCUGCUGUGGGCUACCAGCCGACACUUGCCGUGUAUGUUCCGGCCGAUGACUUGACCGACCCUGCACCGGCCUCGACCUUUGCCCACUUGGAUGCGACGACGGUUCUGAACCGCGCGAUUGCGGAAAAAGGCAUCUAUCCGGCUGUGGAUCCGCUGGACUCCACGUCCCGCAUGCUGGACGCCCGCAUCAUCGGUGAAGAGCACUACGAUACUGCCCGUGCCGUUCAGGGUACGCUUCAGCGCUACAAGGCGCUGCAGGACAUCAUCGCCAUUCUCGGCAUGGAUGAACUGUCUGAAGAAGACAAACUGACCGUGGCCCGUGCCCGUAAGAUUGAGCGCUUCCUGUCUCAGCCGUUCUUCGUCGCAGAGGUGUUCACCGGUUCACCGGGCAAACUGGUUGCUCUGGAAGACACGAUCAAAGGCUUCAAGGGCCUCGUUGAUGGUGAAUAUGAUCACCUGCCGGAAGCUGCAUUCUACAUGGUGGCUGAGGUCGUUGUGCCCGGUGCUGAAGGCGAGUUUGGCGUUCUUAAGGACCAUAGCCUGUUCAUGUCCAGCAUAGCGCCGGGCAUUCUGAAGGUCCGCAACGAAGGCGAUUCCUGGACGGAAUACUUCGUGCGCGGCGGCUUUGCCGAUGUAUCGGCCGACGGGUUGACGGUGCUUGCCGAACAGGCUGUUCCGGUCUCGGAGAUCAGCCGCGAACAACUUGAUCUCGCGAUCAAGAACGCGGAGGAAGACGCUGCAGACGCCAAGGACGACAUGACCAGGCAGAAGGCAGACCGGACACUUCGCAGGCUCAAGGAUGUUGCCGAGGCCCUGAAACAGGUCUGA